CCUCAAACCCAGCCCCAGCAAAAGCGAGCAAGCGGCCUCGGCCCCCCACCGAAUCCCGCUCCGUCCAACCCGGGGUUCGGAAGCUUAGUAUCUUCCGAACGCCGCCCCAAAAAGCCACCUGCAUUCCAAACAACGUCCACAGCACUCCAGCUGAACCCCCCCCUCCAGAAUAUCAUUUCAGUCCGAUCAAGCCCCGCGGCCUGGAACUCCCAUAAAAAUGGAACCCCGACGACGAACCGCGCCCUACGGCCGCGCGUGCCUCAACUGCGCCCGCGCCAAGUGCAAGUGCCUGCUGCGGACGACCGGCGGCGGGUGUGAGAGAUGCAUCCGCCUAAAGAAAGAAUGCGUCGCCGCGCCAACGGUGCGGCAACGGCGGCCGCGCGCCUCGCGCACCGCGCGGCUGGAGCAGAAGCUCGACGGGCUGGUGUCGCUGCUGCAGACGGGGCAUGCCGCUGGGGACCGUGAGAGUGGGAGACGAGGGUGGUUGGCGGGGGAUAGCCACCAGGAGAACCUCCCAGUCUCGACGAGACCACCCGCCGAUCCCUACGCCCUCCCCGCGGGGGUGGCGUUCGCCCCUGCGGAGGCAGAGGCGAACUGGGAACUGUACCGCACGCGGUAUCUCGCGCUCCUUCCGGUGGUGCAUUGCGCCCCCACCCUGACGGCCCGGGGGCUUCGUCAGGCGCGCCCGUUCUUCUGGACGUGCGUCAUGGCCGUGACGUGCCGCGACGGGACGCGGCAGGAGGGGUUGGGGCGCGCGGUGCGGGAGAUGGCGGCGCGGGAGGUGGUGGUCGAAGGGCGGCGGACGGUGGAUCUGUUGCUGGGGUUGCUUUGCUUGAUCGGGUGAACGCAGGGGCCAUUUCCGCUUCGCGAUGGGCCCGCUGCUGACGGUCUUCUCGCACCUGUGCACCGCGCUGACGCUGGACCUCGAGCUGCAGCGGCGGGAAGGGCAGCCCGCGCACCUGCAGUAUCUGGCCGUGCCGG